CUUCACAUGUGAACGGAUGAAACUCUCUCUCUCCUCUUGGACAUCUCAAGAAUGCUGUUUUUGGGAAUUAUGUCUCGACAAAAGCAGAAUUUGCUGUGGCUGAUGAUCGCCUGUUGUGCUUCAAGCCAGAUAACCUGCUUGAAAAUAAUGAUCAUUGGAGACAAUUUGACAUACUUAAAUAGUUCAACUUGCGCAGCUGUAAACACGACAUGUCGACAAGCUGUUGAAACACUGAUAGGGAAUUUUUGCAUAAUGAAUGUCAAACCAAACACCUCUUCCCAGGGACAAUGCAAAACCUCAAACAAAAUGUACUUUUUCAACAUAACAGACAACUGGGAGAAAUAUGAAGUCAGAAUGAACGAGACGGUUAAAGACAUAAAAAUGUGGUUUUUAAAAAAUGAAUCUGAAUAUUUACCAUCAUCUUUCCUGAAUUCAACAGAUCAUUUUGUGACUUGUCAGACCAACAACACCCCGACAACUGACCCCAUCACCAACAGCUGCAAAGCAAAUAACCUAAGCCCACUAGGUUGUCUGAAAAUCCUUUCUGUCGAUCCUGAAAAGAGAUGUACAAACGCUACAUAUGACAAUGAUAUAUGCAGCGGGAAAAAAGGAAGCAAAUAUGUUCUGCAUUUUAAUGGGAAUGAAUGGAUGUGUGCCAACUGUGUUAAUGAAAGCUCAACUACUGUCAGACCGCCGUCAUUCACCACCACUGACAAUCAAACUACCAGUGUUACAACAGAUGAGACAAUACCAACUCCUACUCUUCCACCACCCGAGAUAACUUAUAAUCUAACAGCAAAUAUUACAACAAGCAAGAGUGAAACUAUUGAACCCUCAAAAGCAUCAGAGACUAUGGAAAAAAUGGACUCCCUGGUGGAAGAGAUGGAAAAAAGCAAUAAAAGCAAUGCAGCGAUUGUGAUGGGGGAUAUUAUUGGUGUUCUCCAAAGACAAGCCAAGAACACAGAAAGCAAAGACAUUCAAAUAUGCUACUCUUCAAAUCAGAACAUGAUGAACGCUGUUGAAAGAAACCUGAAUGCGGACUUUCCCUGGUCUGUAAUCGUUCCCAGCGAGGCCUUUGAUAAAUCACGUCAUGAAAACAAUGGAAGUGCAUUUGUUGGAGUUUUACGGUUCACAAAUAUGGGAAAUAAGAAUGAAACUGUUUUGAACAAUGAGGUUUAUGGAAUAACGAUGGGCGCCAACAUCUCCAACCUUACCAACAAUAUAGAGUUGUUGUUUAAAAAGAAAGAUCUGGUCGGUGAGGCGUCCUGCAGUUCUUGGGAUGGAAAAGGAAAUCUUACAUGGACGACGUCCGGCUGUGAGACAGUAAAAAUCGACAGUAACACCAUAAAGUGCUCAUGUUCACAUCUGACGUUCUUUGCAGUGCUGAUGUCUCCUCCAGAUGUAAAUUCAAACAUCACAGCACCGUAUGUGGAAUCAUUGAGCUUCAUCACUUCCAUCGGCUGUGGCAUCUCCAUGUUUUUUCUGUCCGUCGCUCUGUUCAUGCAUUUCCUGUUACGGAAAGCCAAAUCAAAUCAGGCCACAAAGAUCUUGAUGAACAUGUUUGUGGCUUUGUUUCUCCUGAAUUUAUCCUUUUUGUCAAACGAGAGCGUCGCCAACACAGAAGUCAAGGUUGCGUGUGUCCUCAUAGCGCUGCUCAUGCAUUACUCCAUGCUGACUACAUUCACCUGGUUCUUCAUUCAAGCUCUUCAUAUGUACUUAUGGCUCAUCAGACAGAACAUCACCAUCACAAACUACGUGAGGAAGAUCACCAUGUUUGGCUGGACAUUUUCAGCUCCGAUAGUCGUAGCUGUUGUUUCAUUAGGAGGAUAUAAAACAAUGAUUAUAAACACAACGUCUGGAAAAACCACACAAAUGUGCUGGAUUACAGAUCCUUUAAUUCACUACAUAGUGAACAUUGGCUACUACGCUUUAGUCUUCAUCUUCACGGCAGGAAUCUUCAUCAUGAUCAUCACUAAGAUUGUCCAAGCCCGACACAUAAAAGCAGCUGACGGCAAGAGAAAGACGUUCAGAAAGCAGCUCAUGAUGGUGUUGAGUUUGUUCCUGCUCUUCGGUCUGACGUGGGCUGUGGCGUUCUUCAGUUAUGGAGUGAUGCGCAUUCCCUCAUAUUACAUCUUCACUGUGCUGAACUCAUUUCAGGGGUUUUUCCUUUUCCUGUAUUACUACCACAUUCACAAUGAUGUUGCAGGAAUUUUCUCUGAUGAUCCAGAAAGUUCAGACUCCACCACAACCAUCGUUCAAUCCAGACUUCGUGCUGUGGAGAAUAUUUAUAAUUAGCAUAACUGAGGUUUAAGGUGUUGUUGUCUCAUAGUUUGAUUUUUUUCUUGGCUGAGAUGAGCUGUAAGUAAUGAUUGAUUGUAAUGCGAGACCUAACAAGAUCCGGUACGUGAUCCAAGAUGGCGGCUACUGGCUUCUAGACUGUAAACAACUAUAUGAUCGAGAUUCACUUAUCUAUUUUUCUUCUUUCUCUCUUUCUCUCUCGAGUGCAAGCUGUGAGUGAGUGGACGGAGCGUGGAGUGUGUGUUGGAGUGAGCUCUACGGUGUGUCGUCAGUCAGUGUGCACUGAUCGCUAUGGCGGCGUCUCAGCAAGUGAGUUUGGGAAGUUUAACGUGGCGGCAUUUCGUUAAGGUUGUGCCCGCAGAGCGUCGCUCUGUUGAGAACUGUGUCCUCGCUGUUGCUGCUGUUGUUGUUCAUGAUUGCAUUCUUUCUGCAUCUAGAAUGAAUAGCACAAUAGUGAUGUUUUUGAACAAUGUUGAUAAAGCGAAUGAAGCCGUAGAGACCGUUGUGAAUGACUCCCUUACUCUGGUAGAGUAAUAGAGAAAUAUUGUCAAAUGCCCCGCUGUUUAUUAAACAUGAAGUGAUUGAAAGGGAACUGUCGAGACACGGAAAGCUUGUGUCAAAAAUUAAGAAAAUCUCACUUGGUUGUAAAUCGCCACAGUUGAAACAUGUUGUAUCAUUUGGAGGCAGGUGCAUAUGAUCUUAAAAAAUCAAAAUGAGCAUUUUCUUGUUAUUUUUGCUACCUGAGAGUCAAUAAAGUGUUUUGGUUGUGGACGAGAGGGUCACGUGACAUGCGUGCACCCUGAGAAGAGUGUAUUUUAAACACAGACAUUAAAAAGGAAAACUAAGGGCAAAGGAAAAGAUAAAAUGUCUAGUAAAAAGCUACUGGAAUAGUUGUUGGUGAUGCAAGGGAAGUGGACUCUGCUGUGGACAGAGAUUGUGAGUCAUCAGAUCUGUCUGCAGCGCUUACACAUUGGACAAAAUCAAAGAGUUUCUUCAGACAACAAAAGGCAUGAAGGGUGUGAAUGUAGAGGAUUACUUUCCAGAUCGUGAGUUGUUUAUAAAUUCAACAACAAGAAGUCUUUAGGUUGAAAAAAAUUGUCCAGAAAUGUACUGAAUGAUGAAUUUGAAUCAGUCUAGCUUCAAAGUUUGAAAAAAUGGUUUUAGUUUUUAUAAAUGUGUAUGCUCCUGUUGUUGGUCCUGAAAGGGUUGUUCUUUUUGAUAAACUGUCAAACUGUAAAAAGGAAGAGUUUGUGUUUAUAGGAGGGGAUUUUAAUUGUACAGCGAAUGAUACAAUGGACAGGAAUCAUAAAGAGCCACAUCUAGCUUCUCAACAUGCUACAGGAAAGCUCAUGGCAGAACAUGAUUUGUGUGCUAUAUGGAGAACUUUAUAUAAAGAACAAAGGCAGUACACAUGGGCUCAAACAAGAGAAAAAAAUAUUUCUAUGGCUAGAUUGGAUAGGCUCUAUUGUUUUAAAUACCAUUUUCAUGUUAUCAAGAAAUGUGAGAUUUUGCCUAGUGGGUUUUCUGAUCACAGUUUAGUGAUCUAUAGUAUUUUCAUUACUAAUUUAAAGUGUAAGAGUGCUUACUGGCAUUUUAAUACUUCUUUGCUACAAGAUAUUUUUUUUUAAAGAUGCUUUUAGUUUUUUUGGAAACAAUUUAGUUCUAGGAAAAAAGAUUUUACUUCCCUACAGCAAUGGUGGGAUCAUGGGAAAAAAAAGAGAUACAUCAGCUGUGCAGUCAGUACACUCUUAAUGUAUCCAAGGUCAUCUCCGAGUCAGUGAAAACCCUAGAGAUUGAAAUAGUGGAACUUCAGAAUUUGGUAGAGGCCACAGGAAAUCGAGGACAUAUUGAGCUCCUCAAAGUUAAAAGAAGGACUCUGGAUAACCUGUUAGGCAUCAGAGCACAGGGAGCUUUGAUCUGCUCGUGUUUUCAGAGUGCAGUAGAGAUGGGUGGUCUAACUAAAUUCUUCUUUGGUUUGGAAAAGAAGAAUGGUCAAAGCAGAUUUAUAAAUUCUUUAUACUCAUUGGAUGGCAUAGAAAUGGUAGAGCCUAAAGAAAUUAGAAAAAGAGCAUUUUUUAUUCUGAGCUUUACAAGUGUGAACAUACAGAUGCAGAAGAGCUGGCCAGUUCUUUUUAUAUGGGUUUUCCUAAAGUACCACAUAAGACCCAUUCUUGGCUCAAGAGAACGCUUUCAGUAUCUGAGCAGCAUGUUGCUCUGUGGAGCAUGGAUUGCGGUAAGGCCCCUGGAAUUGAUGGUCUACCAACUGAAUUUUAUAACAUGUUUUGGUCAGUGCUGGGGGCUGAUUUGCUGUCUGUGCUCAUUGAUAGUCUGGCCGGAGGGUUGCUACCUUUGAGCUGCAGGAGGGCUGUCAUUACCCAAAUAAGGUGAUUUAAAAGAGAUAAAGAACUGGCGCCCUGUUUCACUCUUGUGCUCUGAUUUAAAGCUCUUUUCUAAAGCUUUGGCCAUUAGGUUGAGGGGGGUAGUUUGGCAGGUUAUUCAUCGUGAUCAAACAUACUGUGAGUCUAACAGGUCUAUUUCAGAUAAUAUUUAGCUAAUUCUGGAUAUUUUGGAUGUCUCUAGGCUAUUGGACAUAGACAUUGGUCUCAUUUCUUUAGAUCAGGAAAAGGCAUUUGACCGGGUUGAGCACAGCGGCGCACACUAGAGGAGUUUGGGUUUAGCUCUGGUUUUAUUGCCAUGAUUAGGGUUUUGUACCAGGAUGUUGAGAGUGUACUGAAAAUUAAUAAUGGUCUGAGUGCUCCUUUAAAAUUCAUAGAGGUAUUAGACAAGGCUGUGCUCUUUCUGGAAUGUUGUAUGCUCUUGCCAUUGGUUAAGAUCAGAGAAAGCAUUGAAGGUUGGACCAUACCUUGCUCUGGAGCAAAUUUGUUGUCUGCUUAUGCAGAUUAUAUUAUUGUUCUGGUUAAAGGGCAAAGUGAUACUGAUCUUCUUAAAGAAAUUUUUAACAAUUUUGGUAUAAUUUCCUCUACCAAGGUUAAUUGGUCAAAAAGUGAAGCCAUAGCAAGUGGUAAAUGGCCCCAUGGUCUUCCUAAACUAUCAGGUCCUGGAAAAGGGAUGGGUUAAAAUAUUUAGGAGUAUAUGUUGGCAACGAUUCAAUGUUAAGGAAAAAUUGUGAAGAAGUUCUAGAAAAUGUAAAAGGGCGACUGGAAAAAUGGAAAUGGCUUUUGCCAAAAAUGUCUUUUAGAGGGAGGGUUAUAAUAAUUAAUAACCUGUAGCUUCAGCUUUGUGGCAUCGUUUGGCCUGCAUUGAUCCUCCAAAUGGACGUUUUAGUACAAUUCAAGCCAGUCUGGUGGACUUUUUUUGGAGCACUUUACAUUGGAUACUUUUUUUACCCAGAGAUGGAGGAGGACAAGGAUCCAUUUGCCCAGCAGAGGGGCAGCCUUUCGACUUUUUAUUCAAAGGUACCUCACAGGACCUAAGGAUUUGGCUUUGUUUUUGAUUUGCUCCAUUUUAUAAGGGACUUUUAAAGUUUGGGACUUACCUACAAAGGUUGGAGACAAACCUCUUGCACAUGGAGCUCGGUUUGAUGUUACUUGUGAAGUUACACCCGGACUGCUUCAUUGUUUAGUUUCCGCUAAGAUAUUAAAACUGCAUCAUUUGUUGGAUGUUGCUGGUCCAGGUUUAAACAAUGCUCAGUCCUCGGCCUCACAUCUAAGUGUGUGGUCGGUACGGCAAGUAGAAAAAAGUUCUUUACAUUUUUAAACAGAAACUCACAGAUGAAGAAAAUAAUAUGUUAAUUGACUUUUAUAAUGAGAAACUGGUUCCUAAUAAUACAGAUCCCUUUCCAAGUAUUUUUUUAGUCCCAGUCUCAAAGAACUGUUUGGACCUUUUCUGGACCUGAGGAGGCUAGAAGAGUUAAGUUUGCAGGAUGUUCAAAGUAAAGUUUUAUAUAAAUGUCUUGUAAAAGUUUUAAAUAAAGCAACUUUGAAAGAACGUAGUGUUACAGUGUAGAGAGAGAGAUGGGGACUUUGAUAUGAUAUUCACUGUCAGAGUUUUACACGGUACAGUUGCUGUAAAUGCAUUUGUAAGUGUUAUUAAUCCCAAUACAUCAAGUAAUUGUCCUUUUCGUAAAAUGAGGGAGACAGUUUUUCACUGUUUUUUAGAAUGUUCAAGAUUGUAUGACUUUGUUUUGUUUUCUUGAUAUUCUUUUCAUGAAUUCUGGGGAGACUUUUUUUCUUCUAAGAUUUUCUAUUCUUGGCCCCAAGUAUAGUGUGGCGCAAAGAAUAAAAAGUCAUUUGUUGAAUUUUUUAAUUGGGCAAGCCAAAUCUGCUCUUCACAUAACCAGGAAAAACAAAAUAGAGCGUAGAGAAGGACGUGGUUAUUGUUUUAAAAAAUCUGGUAAAAGCAAGGGUUAUGCUUGAUUUCAAGUUUUAUAAAAUGAUGAAUGAUUUAGAAAGUUUUUUGCAUAAAUGGUGUUUUAAUGAAGCUAUUUGCACAGUUGUAGAAUAAAUUUUGAUCUUUACUACCAUGUUACAAUAAGCUUUGGUCUUCUGCACCUCAUUUUUCUUUUUUUUUUCUUUUUUGGAUAAUGUGAUUUGGUGUUCUGCUGACUUUUUUAAUGAUUUAAAUAAAGUGUGUUGAAAGCUCUCUUUUUUUCUUUCUUUUUUUUUUUUGUACUUUCUCCCAUUUCAAAACUGGACUAUAAUGUUUUAUAACCUGCAUCACCUUGAGGAAUAUACUGACGCACACUACAACAGAUUCUGCAGCACCAAGAACAUUGUUGUGGCCAAGCGGCCACUUGGGAUUUCGAAGAAGCAGAAAGGUCAUUUUAUAAAGACUCAUGGUUAAAGAGAAAACCAAAGUUUAUUAACCGACUUCAUGGGCAUGCCUCCAACAAUCAACAAGUUCACCAACACAAGGAGGGGCCAGCCAGGAGGGGGCACUGAUGCUCUACUCUUUUUAACACAUAUGUAACAGAUUGUCAUAAAUACAAUCUUCCUUAAUAAACAAUGUAUGCCAGAUGGCAUUUAUACAAACUCAAUAUUCCCGAAAAAUAUAUUUCUAUAUGUUUCUUAACAAUAAAUACACCACAAACAGGACGACCAGACAACAAAAAAUGUAACGCUAAUACCACUCCAAGAGACCCCAUCCCAAUCCACUCUCCAGCCCAGUUACAACACUAUCCACAUCACCUAAACCACCAUGCUGCAGAGAGGUAAUCAACAUUCUGCUCUCCACUGAAAAUAAACUUUCUGGACUUGAUUCCAGGAUUGCACUGAUUGAAGUCAGCUUGGAAUUCAGCCAAGAACAGACAGACACUCUCACCAAAGAAAAUAUAUUUUUUAAAGCACUCUGUUCACACAUCAACUCACCUCUGUUGUCACAGAAAACAAAGCCAUGAAAGAGAGCAUUCUAGAAUUGUAAACAGACAAUUUAGUUUUCAUGGGCGUCCCGGAACAAACUCCAGACAACCUUGAAAAAUUAGUCAAUGACUUUAUGAUAAAACAAC